AUGAAAACUCUAGUAAUUGCAUCGCUGAUCUCAGCUGCAUGUUUGCUCUACAUUGCUUUUAGUCCUACUGAAGUCAACUAUGAUGACGCUUUUGAACAGUUUAUCUCUACAUAUGGUAGAAGCUACUCCAGUCAGACUGAACUUCAGUACAGAAAAAUGAUUUUUGAAGAGAAUAUGCGUCAAGCUGAAAAACUUCAAAAGCUAAACCCUGAUGCUGAGUUUGGAGCCACUCCUUUUGCUGAUCUUUCUGAUGAAGAGAUGAAGCUCAGAAUGGGAUAUGUGGAAAUCGAUAAUGACCAAUCAGAUUUGGAUUUAUUCACCGAAACUUCUGAUUCACUCAAUUCUAUUGACUACAGAGGGAAUAUGAAGUCUAUUCAAGAUCAAGGAAGAUGUGGAUCAUGCUGGGCUUUCUCAGCAACUGCUACUUUUGAAGGAAGAUAUAGCUUGUUUAGAAAAGCAAAUUCCAAGUUAUCAGAGCAGCAAGCUCUAGAUUGUUCUGGGCCAAAUCAUAGUUGUAACGGAGGUCACUUCACAGCUGCCUGGGUCUACAUGAGAACCCACAAAUUUUGUACCCUGAGCUCCUACAAAUAUACAGGAAUCAAAGGCCAAUGUAAGACUAAGUGCUCUCCUACAAUCUCCGAUAAGGGAUAUACCAAAGUUAAGAAUAACGAGUCGUCAAUGCAUAAGGCUCUGCAACAAGGACCUAUCUCAAUUGCGGUUGACGCAACUACCUGGAAAACUUAUAGAGGAGGAGUAAUGACUGCUUCCCAGUGAGGUAAAAAACCAAAUCAUGCUGUUGUCCUAGUCGGAUAUGAACCUCAAGAGAACGCCUGGAUAAUUAGGAACUCAUGGGGAUCAAGAUUCGGAGAGAACGGACAUAUCAGGCUUAAGUAUGGCACAAACACCUGCGCAAUCACCCAUGACUCAGCAUUUCCAAAAAUAUAA